CGAAAUCCCGCAGCAAAAUGGCGACGCUCAGGCUCGAAACAUGCCAUGUCGCCUGUUCGGCUAACAGGACGCCCAACGUCGUGUCUUGGGGCCGCGGGGGGGCGCUCGCUUUUGGGACAUGUCACUCCGUAGCACUGUACGACCCGCAGGAAAGACGAGUUUUGUCAAUGCUGAAUGGCCACACAGCAAGAGUCAACGCCGUCCAGUGGGUCUAUAAAGAAGACGGUGGUGCCGAGACCCACCUGGUCUCAGGAGGCUCGGACAGCCGCAUCCUGCUUUGGGCUGCUCAGAAUGGCGAGGGGAACCUCUGCCGCCAAGGAGCACAAUUCCCUUCUUGUGUGCAGUUUGUCCAGUCGGUGGAGUGCAAAGGCCACACGGGUGCCGUUUGCGCCGUGGACGCCCUCUACGUUGGCACCAGUAUCCUGGUGGCUUCUGCAGCGGCGGACUCCAGCGUUAGGCUGUGGCGCUGCGGUGACACCAAAGAGGCCGAGUGUCUCCACUCGCUAACAUUGGGCAACGGGUUCGUGAUGGACGUCUCCCUGGCUCUGCUGCCAGGCACUCGAGUUCCCGUUCUGGCCUGCGGGGGCGACGACUCUCGGGUCCACCUGUACGUGCAGUCCCGAGAGGAGAAGCUGCAGAGAGUCCUGACGCUGCAGGGACACGAGGACUGGGUGCGUGGCGUUGCCUGGACAGCCAUAGGCAGCGAGCUGCUGCUGGCCAGCUGCUCGCAGGACUGUCUCAUCCGAGUGUGGCGGCUGCGCGCCAAGCCCGGGAGCGGCGCCCGGGCUGAGGGCGACCGGGAUGACGCUGUCAUCAGAAUGAAAGAGGACGUUUUUGGAGUGGAGUGGCAAGAGGAGGACCGAGUCUUUGCAGUGGCUCUGGAAACGGUGUUGGCGGGACACGAGAACUGGGUGUACGGCGUACACUGGCAGCCUCAUGGGGGCGGCGAGAAGCAAGAGCCGCUCAGUUUGCUCUCAGCCUCCAUGGACAAGACCAUGAUCAUCUGGAAGCCAGAUCAGGAAUCUGGAGUCUGGACAGAGCAGGUGCGUGUCGGGGAGGUGGGCGGUAACACGCUGGGCUUCUACGGCGGCCAGAUGAGUCCGGACGGUUGCAUGAUCCUGGCGCACGCCUUCCACGGUGCUCUCCACUUAUGGAGCAAGGACGCUGACUCGGGCGAGUGGAGGCCCGACGUGGUGCUGUCGGGCCACUUUGAUGCCGUCCAGGACUUGAUCUGGGAUCCCGAAGGCCAGUUUGUGUUGAGCGUGAGCUCAGACCAGACCGCCCGCCUCUUCACGCCGUGGAGUGGCCGGCCGCGGCCCAGCUGGCACGAAAUUGCGCGUCCGCAAAUCCACGGCUACGACGUGCAAUGCCUGGCCGUGCUGGGCCGCUUCCGCUUCGUGUCGGGCGCCGACGAGAAGGUUCUACGCGUCUUCCAGGCGCCGCGCAAUUUCAUGGACAACUUGGCCAACAUUUCAGGGACGUCCAGGGAAGAGCUGCUGGCGUCCGACGACUGCGCCCGGCUGCCCGAAGGCGCCAGCACGCCCGCCUUGGGAUUGUCCAAUAAGGCUGUCUUUCAAGCUGAUCGUGUUCCAUCAAUCAAAGACGGCGAGGAGAAGUUCAGCGGCGCCUCUGACCGAUAUCAAGAGUCUAACUUCCACCCUAUCAACAUGAGCGAACCUCCACCGGAAGAUCAUCUGCUGCAGAACACACUUUGGCCCGAGGUGCAAAAACUGUACGGCCACGGCUUUGAGAUGUUCUGCCUGGCUUCUGACAGAGGCGGGACGGUGGUGGCGUCGGCGUGCAAGGCGUCCAAGGCGGAGCACGCGUCGGUGUUGUUGUGGAGCGCCAGCACGUGGCGCCAGCUCCAGGCGCUGCCAUGCCACGCCCUCACUGUCACUCAGAUGGCCUUCUCGCCCGACGCCGCCAUGCUGCUACUCGUCUCCAGAGACCGUACCUGGUCUCUGUGGCGCCGACAACAGGCUCAUCCAGAGCCUCAGUAUGAAUUAUACGCACGCACUACGAAGGAUACGUCGGUGCACAGCCGCAUCCUCUGGUCAUGUGACUGGAGUCCUGACGGUGCAUACUUCGUGACGUCCAGCCGGGACAAGAAGGUGCUGGUGUGGGGACCUUGUCCAAAGGACCGGCGUGACGACUCGGUCGCUCCCGCUGAGGUGAAGCCGUGCUCCUCCAUCUUGGAUGUGGGCGAUUCUGCUACAGCCGUCACCUUCUGCCCGCAGCUCUGCUCGGACAACAGUUACCUGCUGGCCGUGGGACUGGAGUGCGGCCGGAUAAUUGUGUUCGGGUGGAGGCCCGAUGGAGAUCACGCCGGAGGCCAAGACUGGAUCAGAUACGGCGAAACGGACCCUUCACAAAGUCACACGCUAGCCGUCAAACGCUUGCGCUGGAGCCCCCGGGCAGGCCGGGCGGGGGUCCCGGAGGAGAGCACCAGCGCCUGGCUGCAGCUGGCCAGCGCCAGCGCCGACCAUGCCGUUAAGAUCUUUGACGUCAAUGCCGAGGCGUGCUCACCGAUUCCAUGCAGUCAGUCAACAGAACUAAAGAAAAGUGAGGCAGAAUUUGCCACCUUGCACAUUAAAAAUCAAGGCCACUCUCAAAGGUGAACUGCCAGCGUCUCAGGGAGAUUCGUUCCCGCGUAAUGUCGUUACCGGAAUCGUCCAUCCGACCCGAGCGGCAUAUUAAUGCUCGGAUGCCCUUGAAGGCUUCUCUAGGAAAUACGUGCAGUGAGAAAAAAAUGGUCAAGACUCAUUUUGUCACUUUCAGUCUCACUUUAUUCAACAAUGAUGUGAAACGUAAAAGCCUGUCCAGAACAUUCAGACGAGAAAGAAGGUCGCUUUUGAAACCCCGCUCACAAUUAGCGCCUCCAUAUUCAGGUCCGGAAUAACAACUAAUGGCUCUCUGAGAAAAUAAAGAAAAGUAAAUAACAAAUAAGAACA